AUGUCAUUAUCAGUAACACAGCUAACUAGACAACCAGAAUUAGAUAUUUUAGAAAUUAAAAAUGAAAGUAUAGUUUUUACACUCUCAAAUACAGAUAUCAGUGUUGCCAAUGCACUUAGAAGAGUUAUGAUUGCAGAGGUACCAACAAUGAGUAUCGAUUUAGUAGAAUUUGAAGCAAAUAACUCGGUACUUUGCGACGAAUUUAUAGCACACAGAUUAGGUCUUAUACCAUUGGUUAGUGAUAAUGUCGAUAAAUUUAAUUAUACAAGAGAUUGCAGUUGUUCAGAAAGAUGUGAUCAAUGUAGUGUUGAGUUCAAAUUAAAUGUUAAAUGUUCAAAUCAAAGACCAAUUGAUGUCACCAGUUCAGAUCUUAUUGUAGUUUCAAAUAAUAAUAAUAGUGUAAUUCCAGUAAGUUCACAAACAACAGAAAGAACCGAUGAAAUUCCAAUUGUAAAAUUAAGACAAGGUCAAGAAUUAAGAUUAAGAGCAAUUGCAAAAAAAGGUGUUGGUAAAGAACAUGCAAAAUGGUCACCAUCCUGUAUUGCAACCUAUCAAUUCCAACCAAUUGUCACUAUAAAUCAAAAUAGAAUGGAUGAACUCAGCGAUAAACAAAAAGAAGAAUGGGUUGGCAGUUGUCCAACUAAAGUUUUUGGAUAUAGUCCACACAAUCAAAGUCAACCUGUUUCCGUUGAUGAACCAAUGCGUUGCAUGUAUUGUUUAGAAUGUAAAAAGAAAGCUGAAGCUUUUGGCAAACCCGAUUUAAUUAGUAUAGAACAAAAACAAGAUAAAUUUAUUUUCACUGUUGAAAGUUCAGGUUCUUUAAAACCAGAAGAUAUUGUUUUAUCUGCAAUUCAAAUUAUUAAAGCAAAAUUAAAUAGUAUUCAAACUCAAUUAUCCGAAGGUAUGAUCUAA